AAUCUGCAAUUUUCUCCUCAUCGAGGCUCUGCUACCACCACGAUGUCUUCCUUCUUUUCCUUUGCAGGAUCCUUCGUUUCUUCUGCAGGAAUCAACAUUAUGGAUACAUUGCAAGGCAUGGGAUACUUUGAUAGAAACGAAAUUAGUCAAAUCAAUGCCUCAUAUAUCCCUGGCCUGAAACUAGUGUUCACUUCGGAGAUGUGUAGCCUCCAAUCUUCUACCACAUCUUACAAUCACAAUGAGGAGAUUGGGAUGUUGUAUAAACUAAAAUAUGGUGAAAUAGGUGCAAGGGUUGUGUGCAAAUCCUGCCCUAUUGCUCAGCUCACUGGUGCUUUGAGAUUGUUCAGCAACCUCUCUGGUUUCAAACUUACUUCCAUGGGUGUUGUUGAUGUUAACAGCCAUAAACUUAAAGAUUGGAAUAUUGGGUUUGAGUCUAUUGCAGGGAACGCCUCAGCUCAGAUCAAACUAGGCGCAGACGAAUACGUGUUUCUUACCCGUCAUCGGAUUCACCCUAAAUUUGUGGCGCUUGCUGAGUUUCAUAGACCAUUUGUUAAGCCUUCACGGAUGUCCACUUUUGGUAUUGGAUUCGAAUGGGAGCUUUACUCGAGGGCAACUCUUGAAGGCAUGUUUUCCAAUCGACAUCCUGCAACUUUUGCAUUUCAGUAUGAAUUGUCUAAGCCUCAAUGUCAACUUAGGGUGUCUGGUGAUCUCUACUCCAAAAGAAUUGGUCUGUCUUUGGCAUUUCAUCCUUCUUCCGUCUUCUAGUUUACGUUCCUUCUUAUGUUUUUAAUGGUUUUAACUUGUGUUUAUAAACUUAUCCCUUCUAGAUAAGGUUCUUCUAGCUGUUAACUUGUGUUUGUUCGGUUAAUCUCUUCUAGUUUUUGUAAUGUUUGUUCUGUGUUAUGAUUUCCAGUAAGGACUAAUGAAACUCUUGAUACGCUACAAUAGUUUUCUAGAUGAUAUAUAGCUUUUUAUCGUUUUGCUC